GAUUUCGAAAUGAAAACAAGAUUAUGCAAGGGUGAAGGUUGUUUGUUGACUUUAUUGGUUUUUGUUUGUCAGUUGUCUUUGUUCAAGAUAGUUAGAUCGGUCUAAUGAGUUUAUUAAUUAUAUAAAUUAAAAUGGAUGACUGCAAGACAUUCGAUCAUGCGUAUUCCGAAAUCUAUAAAAAAAUUCUACCCGAAAUAUGUGUGUAUCCUUAUCCUCCUAUUCUUUCACCCAUUCUCGAAAUGAUAUGUGUUAUUUGUGAAUUGAACGAUCAAAUCAAGAAACUUGCACUGCAACCUAAACUCGAUUCUGACUACGUGUUCAGGUUUCGAGAGAACAAAAUACAAAAAAUAAAGUCUAUUUUAAGUUCGCCAUCUGUUCAAGAAUUGAUACCUGUAGAAAACUGGUUACACGAAAAUUGUUUGCAUUUUGCCGUUAGUAAAGAUAAUGUUGAUGUUGACGUUGUUGAGCAAUUAUUGACUCAUGGUGCUGAUCCUAACAGACAGAGUAAAGUAGGCGAUACUCCACUUCAUGUUUGCGCCCGUUACAAUCGACCAUCAAAAGUGAUGGAAAUACUGCUUAAGUAUGGAGGCAAUCCAAACAAGCAGAAUCAGAGAAGAGACACUCCGUUACAUAUUGCGGCGAGGAAACCAGAUAAAAACGGAAUUAUAAAAACACUUUUGGAAAAUGGUGCUGACAUUCGAAUUCCCAACUACUACAAACAUAGGAAUAUUUUACUCACAGCUUUUGAAAGCGAUGAAAUCAAUCUUUACUUGAUUCAAAAAUGUUUAGAAAAGCAGCCGUCUCUUAUAAAUAGCUGUGAUGUAAAUAGAAGGACUCCACUCCAUCUUGUUAUGCGAAAAAAACGCGAAAAUAAACUCCCGAUUCUCAAGUUACUCUUAGACUCAAACGCAGAUGUAAAUGCUACCGAUGCGGAAAUGAAAACUCCAUUGCACUGGAUGAGACACGAUUUUAAUGAAUCUGAAUUAGAGGUAAUUCAGUCUUUUAUUGACAGGGGAGCUGAUAUCAAUGCUAAAGACAGAGAAGGUCGCACUCCCAUAUUCUACGCUAUAAAUAAUCGAAUGUAUGUAAUAGCUAAGAAGUUCAUUGCAUUGGGUGCUAAAGUCAAUGUCUUUGAUAAACAAAAUAGGUGUAUUUUAGGUGAAGCAGUAAAAGUUCUUGAACUUGGUGACAACUUCAGAUAUAACUAUCUAAAGAUCCCAGAGAGGCAGAAUUUUAACCCUUCCGGACAAACAUGUACUUCGGCAGGAGAGAAUAAACUGAAGGCAAUCCGAGAUCUCACGCACAUUAAAACAUCGAGUGGUUUAGUUUGUCUCAAUAAUGAAAAGCAAUUUGAAAUAAUUCAAUUACUUUUAGAAAAUGGUGCUGAUCCUGACGCUGGUAAUAUUUCAUGUCAUUUAGUGCCAUUUCAUUUUGGAGAUUGCUCUGCAGAGAAAUUGCUUGUGCAGUACAGGGUGAUAAAAUCUUUUGUUGCUGCCUUGUCGAAAGACGAAAUUAAAAACGUUGAAACGAGAGUGAAAGACGAAAUAGCUUUAAAUGCAAACCCUUAUGAUGACAUUUAUAUUGAAGAUUGGUACAAUUAUCGCAAUGAAUGCAUAUCAGAAGUUUCUAAAAUGACAAAAGAUAAACUAAAUAAACAAUUAUCUGUUUUCAAAUUUGUGGCUGAACGUUGCUCAACAGGUAGUGCACCCCGACAAACGAAUUUCUUUAUCAUCGAUGAAUAUUUAUUGCGCUUAAACAGUGGUAAAUAUCCACAUUGUCAAGAUGUCAUGUAUGCUGCUAUUAAACGUGAUGAUUUAGAAUGGAGGUUGCUUCAUAUGUUAAUUUAUACACCUCGUACUGAUUUUGAAUUAUGCAAUGGGAAGAUUGUUGCGUUAUGUUCCCUUGUUGUGGCUCAUAUAAUGAAAUAUCUUUCUAAAUAUGAUUUAAUUAAUUUGGCUAUUGCAUAUCAGCCAUUGCCUGUUGAGUCAACAUCUUUAAAAAGAAGUCUCCGAUCAGGCUAUAUUACUUAUUGUUGUAAACAUUUUAAAAAGUGUAAUAAUUUAUAAUCCUCCUGUUUUUUGUUCUUGUAUGUACUGGAUACAUGAGAAUUGAAGAAGUGGAUAAAGGAAGUUGGCUAAACUUGAAAAACUCAGACUAAGAAGUUUUUUUUAAAUUCAAAUAGCCUGGACUUUUUUUUAAUUAACUCUUUUAUUUUACAAAAUGUUUCGGUAGUUUUUUAAUUUAAAUUUAACUCGUUAAAAUAUUUAAUUUUUUUGUCUUUC